UUGGCACCGCUCAGCGAAGCUGCGAGUCACUGGAGCUGGGGUCACCGGGCCCAGGCGCCACCCUCCUAUUCGCAGGAGAGCGGGCAUUUACUCCGUAUCUGAGAAGCCAAGAUUGGAAACUUCCUGUUGGGAAAUUUUGAUGCCUUGUCCAGACUGGGAUCCCUUUGAAAACACCCUUCAAUUAGAAAGGAAAACUCUCCAAAAGAAAAUGGAAUGCGCGAAUCUGGCUAAACCCUAGCAUAUCCUUGUAGCUCCUCAAGUGUGGACAUUCUUGGUGCACGAAAGUGCAGCCUCAAGAUGGCUGAUGGCAACGAGGAUCUGCGGGCGGAUGACUUGCCAGGGCCAGCUUUUGAGAGCUAUGAGUCCAUGGAGCUCGCCUGCCCAGCCGAGCGCAGCGGCCACGUAGCCGUCAGCGACGGGCGCCACAUGUUCGUCUGGGGCGGCUACAAGAGUAAUCAAGUCAGAGGAUUAUAUGACUUUUAUCUGCCUAGAGAAGAACUAUGGAUCUACAACAUGGAGACUGGAAGAUGGAAAAAAAUUAAUACUGAAGGUGAUGUUCCUCCUUCUAUGUCAGGAAGCUGUGCUGUGUGUGUAGACAGGGUCCUGUACUUGUUUGGAGGACACCAUUCAAGAGGCAAUACAAAUAAGUUCUACAUGCUGGAUUCAAGGUCUACAGAUAGAGUGUUACAGUGGGAAAGAAUUGAUUGCCAAGGAAUUCCUCCAUCAUCAAAGGACAAACUUGGUGUCUGGGUAUAUAAAAACAAGCUAAUAUUUUUUGGAGGGUAUGGCUAUUUACCUGAAGAUAAAGUAUUGGGAACUUUUGAAUUUGAUGAAACAUCUUUUUGGAAUUCAAGUCAUCCAAGAGGAUGGAAUGAUCAUGUACAUAUUUUAGACACUGAAACAUUUACCUGGAGCCAGCCUCUAACUACUGGUAAAGCACCUUCACCUCGUGCUGCCCAUGCCUGUGCAACUGUUGGAAACAAAGGUUUUGUUUUUGGAGGCAGAUAUCGAGAUGCUAGAAUGAAUGAUCUUCACUAUCUUAAUCUGGAUACAUGGGAGUGGAAUGAAUUAAUUCCACAAGGUGUAUGCCCUGUCGGCCGAUCCUGGCACUCACUAACACCAGUUUCUUCAGAUCAUCUUUUUCUCUUUGGAGGAUUUACCACUGAAAAACAGCCACUAAGUGAUGCCUGGACUUACUGCAUCAGUAAAAAUGAAUGGAUACAGUUUAAUCAUCCCUAUACUGAAAAACCAAGGCUAUGGCAUACAGCUUGUGCUAGUGAUGAAGGAGAAGUGAUUGUUUUUGGUGGGUGUGCCAACAAUCUGCUGGUUCAUCACAGAGCUGCACACAGUAAUGAAAUACUUAUAUUUUCAGUUCAACCAAAAUCUCUUGUACGGCUAAGCUUAGAAGCAGUCAUUUGCUUUAAAGAAAUGUUAGCCAACUCGUGGAACUGCCUUCCAAAACACUUACUUCACAGUGUUAAUCAGAGGUUUGGUAGUAACAACACUUCUGGAUCUUAAGGCGUCAUAGAUAAUGCCUCAGAUCUCCUUGCAUGGACAACAAUCCUGUAAUCAUCACAGAGUGGCAUCAUUUGUAUAAUUAUAUGCAUUGUUGUAGUUUGCAGCUUUUUGAUUUUAAUGUGCAUGUGAAUGGCCUAGAGAACCUAUUUUUGUGUCAAAGUUUACAAUAAAUGUAUUUAACACCA